CUGCUUUUAUCCACCAAUCAAAUAUUUUCCCGACGGAUCCCAAAAUAUUCCGGGGCCAAUGAAGGGGAAAGGCCGAGACGCCUCUGCGGCUCCUUGGGAAGGCAGAGUUUCUAAAGUGGAGGCGGGAGGGGCGGAGCUGCGGGGCGCUGGGUGGCCGCCAGCCCCGAACCUGUCCCCGUCCGUGCCACCGUCGGGAUUUGUCUAGCGACGCGUGCCCUAGCAGGGGUGUGUUGGGGGGAGUCCUCUUUCCGACCAUCAAAAUGGUUAUCAAAGUUUUUGUUGCCACAUCUUCUGGGUCCAUAGCGAUUAGGAAGAAACAGCAAGAAGUAGUGGGCUUUUUGGAAGCUAAUAAAAUCGACUUUAAGGAAUUAGAUAUAGCUGGAGAUGAAGAUAAUAGGAAGUGGAUGAGAGAGAAUGUACCUGGAGAGAAAAAACCUCAAAACGGGAUUCCUUUGCCCCCGCAGAUCUUCAACGAAGAGCAGUAUUGUGGGGAUUUCGACUCUUUCUUCUCUGCCAAAGAAGAGAAUAUUAUAUAUUCGUUCCUUGGCUUGGCUCCCCCUCCAGGCUCAAAGGUGACAAAAUCGCCUGAGGAAGCAUCUUCCCUUCCCAAUGGUGACGUGACGGGAGAGGCACCCAGCACUGCAGAGGAAACAGAGAAGGCUGAAGAAAGUGGAGAAAAUGAGGUGCAAAAAGAGGACGGUGAAGAUGUGGGCGACCUCCCCGAAUCCCAAGAAAAGAAUACGGAAGAACUGGCCGAGGAAGGAGCAGAAGAUGAAGCAGAAGAAGAGGAAGCAGAGGAAGAAGAAGCUGAAAAAGGAGAAGAACCAGGAGAAGAAGAAGAAGAAGGAGAAGAUUCAUAGACCUUUUCAUGCUUUAUUUCUUCAAGUUUUCCAGGAAACACUAGUCACAAAGCAACAUUUCAACCAUCUCUCCACAAACCAAACUCAACAAAAUGCUUUAGCCUGAAGCCAGCACACCUUUCCCAGGACAUCAGGGGUCACCAAGGAAUUGUCUCACUCAGCGUAGGUUGAUGUACCUGGACAUACCUGCUCAACCAAAUCAAUGUAAAAAUAAACGUGAAGAUGACAUAUGUGUGCCUUCAUGUGCCUGAAUUUUUGGCCUUUGUUAUUUUUUUUUGUUGCUCUGCAUGAACAGACCUUUUCACUCAUAUUCUGAAAAAGUGAUUUCAAGGGCUAGAACAUCUCUUCAUGAAAUAGCAAAAAUAUUCCCUCUUGUAUGUGCCGUAUGCCAUUUGUCUCAGAAUUAGCUCUGAAAAUGAAUGUGUUUUCCAGAAAACGAUCCUUUCAAUAAAGAUCAGUAGCAAAUAGUUUGUUCCAAGGAGCAUUAUUUCUUGAUUUACAGUCUCUGCUUGUAUGCGCCUGAACUCCACCUGUCUGUUGCCAAGUGUGAAUCACCUGCUGAACUUCGCUGUCUGCACAGCGAUGGAUGUUCUCUAUUGUACUCAUGCUUUGGUCCACGUUUUCAGUUGUACUGACUGUCUCAUUUUGUAUUAUACAUGCUGCUG